UAAAAGACCAUUAUAUUCAGCAAUUAAUAAUAAUGGCGACACAUGAUCAAAUACAAUUUGUACACCAGAUGGAGAAAAAAUUUAGAAAGUUGUCAUAUAAUUGGAUCUUCUUCUUCUUAAUGAUGAUCACAUGUGGUCAUGUGGUGAAAUGCAUCCCACCGGAAGAUCCGAUAAAGUGCACCGGAGGCUCAGAUUACUCAAACUGCACCAUCACAAACUCAAACGGUAUAUUCCCGGACAGGAGCACAUGCCGUGCAGCAAAGGCCUAUUAUCCUCGUUCAGAAGCAGAGCUCAUAUCAGCCGUAGCAAAUUCUACAAUGGCAAAGAAAAAGAUGAAAGUGGCAACACGGUAUUCCCACAGCAUUCCGAAGCUGGUUUGCCCAGACGGAGACCAAGGAGUGGUUAUAAGCACGAAAUACCUAAACCGUGUUUUGAAAAUCGACGCUUCAGCCAUGACAAUAACGGUGGAGAGCGGGGUGACUCUGAGGCAGCUCAUCAACGAGACUGCUAAAGCGAAGCUGGCUCUGCCAUAUGCACCAUACUGGUGGGGGUUGACUGUGGGAGGUAUGAUGGGCACAGGUGCACAUGGCAGCUCACUAUGGGGUUUGGGGAGUCAAGUACACGAUUAUGUAAUCCAACUCAGGAUCGUUUCUCCUGCUGGACCUGAUGACGGUUAUGCUAAGGUUCGUGUUCUCCAAACUGGGGAUCCCGAUUUUGAUGCAGCUAAAGUCUCCCUUGGAGUUCUUGGAGUUAUUUCCCAGGUGACUCUGAAAUUAGAAGCACUGUUCAAACGGUCGGUGACAUACAUAACAAAAAAUGACUCCAGUUUGGGAGAUGAAGCCGCAGUUAGUUUUGGCAGGGCACACGAAUUUGCAGACAUGAUUUGGCACCCGAGUCAAAAACGUGUAGUGUACCGUAUUGAUGAUAGGGUCUCAAUUACCAACGCCUCAGAAGCAAGUAAUGGCCUCAAUGAUUUCCCCGGAUUUCGUUCAACUCCCUCCCUUGUUCUAUUGGCCUUGAGAAAAACCGAGGAGACACAAGAAUCCCUUGGUGACGAAGAUGGUAAAUGCAUAACCGCAAAGAUCACAACGACUGCCUUGAAAACUGUGGCUUAUGGGCUAACAAAUAAUGGCAAUUUGUUUACCGGGUAUCCAGUAAUUGGAUAUCAGAAUCGAAUGCAAGCGUCAGGAACAUGCCUAGACAGCUCGGAGGAUGAAAAGAACACAGUAUGCCCAUGGGACUCUCGUGUAAAGGGACUAUUCUAUCAUCAAACAGCGUUUAGUAUAGGCCUGUCCCAAGUCAAGGAUUUCAUCAACGACAUUCAGAAGCUGGUGUCAUUGGAGCCCAAGGCCUUGUGUGGCUUGGAUUUGUACAAUGGCAUUCUUAUGAGAUAUGUUACAGCUUCAACAGCCUACUUGGGAAAACAAGAAGACGCUAUCGACUUUGACAUCACUUACUACAGAAGCAAAAAUGCUUCUACUCCAAGGCUUUUCCAAGACAUCCUAGAAGAAAUCGAACAGAUUGGUGUUUUCAAAUACAAUGGUUUGCCACACUGGGGUAAGAAUAGGAAUGUGGCUUUUCAAGGUGCAAUCGACAAGUACAAGAAAGCUAGUGAAUUCAUCAAGAUUAAACAAAAGUAUGAUCCAAUGGCCCUUUUUUCAAGUGAUUGGACAGAUCAAAUUCUGGGACUGAAAGACGGUUUGAGCAUAUUCAAAGAUGGAUGUGCAUUGGAAGGACUCUGUAUUUGUUCUAAAGAUGCUCAUUGUGCCCCCAACAAGGGAUAUCUUUGUCGACCGGGUAAAGUUUAUGAGAAAGCUAGAGUUUGUACCAAGGUUCAAGAUACCGACAAGGAUGUCUUGCUUAAUGGUCAGUAUUGGGACAUUAAUCCUGUCGGAUUGAUCAAUGAAUCUCCAAGUCAUUAAACAACUCAAAGAUCAUGCAUAAUUUUCAUAUUAUUUCUUCAACAACUACUGCUUUCAAUAAGAAUGAACCGAAUACUCUGUUAGUGCAUUCAUAUCUCAACCGAAAGCUCCAAGAAGCUCGGUUUUAUUGUCAAUAUUGUGCAUCAUUAAAUAAAAAUAUGAAUUAACUUA